AUGUCAAAUAAUUCAAGCAGUAGUGACGAAAGUACCCCUGAUUCUAUUGAAAAAGAUCCUAAUUUUGAACCUCGAUAUUUAAAAAAUCUAGAUAAUUCCUCAGGUAAUCGAUCAUUAAGAUCUCAAAGUAAAAAUAUAAAAGAUAACCCAGUAUCUAAAAAUUCUAUUAUUAAAACUACAAUCACAGAACCAAUUAAAACAAUGGCCCCAACACCAGUUAAAUUAUCUUUUGAAACUGCAAUUAAUAUGAUCCCAAUUUUCGAUGGUGAGAAUCCACAAAAAUAUAUUCAUUUUUAA